UGGGGGUCGGGGUGGGGGUUGGGGGCUGUCGGAGGCGUUGGGAGAAACCACAUCAGAACCAGAAGCCGAGACCCGUCGCUCGAAACCAGGAUCUCACCCGGAAAAUCCGGACAGGAAAAGCUUCACCAGAAUCCGUCCACAGCCGAUCCUCUCCCGUUCCUUCCGCAGUGCAGCUGAGGAGCGUUUUUUUGCGCUUCCAAAGAUAGUGGAUUUUUUUUUCUCUCUCUCUCUCUCUCUCUCUGUCUCUGUCUCUCUCUUUCCUCUGUAAAUCUUGGACAAAUGAAAAGGGGAAGAAGUUGUCAGUGAUCUGCAUCGUUGGGGUGAUUCCCCCCAUCACCAGCCCUCCUCCAAAGACAACAUUUUUGACCUUUUUUUAUACAUAUAUAUAUAUAUAUAUGUGUGUGUGUGUGUUGGAAAUUCACAUCGAUUUCCACUCCUGUUUCCCCAUCACCUAUGACCGGGGAGAAGACAUAAAGCCGUUUGGUACAAGACAAGGCAAGUCAAGUGUAUGUGCGUUGCCUGCGAGAGAGGAAGAGGGAGGGAGAGAGAUCAAAGGCGAAGAUGCCAACAGCGAGACUUGAGAGUCUGAUGUGAAUUGCAGUCACAUUUCACCAUGAAAGUGCUGCGCAGGAAGGCGGUUCUGUUGAUAUUAGGCUAUGUCCUGCUGGUCAUCUUGACCAUGUUACACUUCGCGGAUCACAAGGGCACCAAGGAGUGCAACCAGGUGAAAUACGUGCCCUACCCCCUGCGUUACACCAUGGACCACCAGAGACCCAGCCUCCCACUCAACACCACCACCAAGAGGCAGCACGUGUUCGUGUUUACCACCUGGAGGUCUGGCUCUUCGUUUGUGGGCGAGCUGUUCAACCAGAACCCGGACGUGUUCUUUCUGUACGAGCCCAUGUGGCACGUGUGGCAGAAGCUGUACCCGGGCGAUGCCCUGACCCUGCAGGGGGCGGCCAGGGACAUGCUGGGCUACCUGUACCGCUGCGACCUCUCCAUCUUCCAGCUCUACAACGGGGGGGCUAACGUCACCAGCAUGGGCAUCUUCGGGGCGCCCCGCAACAAGGUGGUCUGCUCCUACCCGCUCUGCACGGCCUUCCGCAAGGACAUUGUGGGGCUCAUCGAUGAGCACGUGUGCAAGAAGGAGUGCCCGCCCCAGAACAUCGAGUUACUGGAGGAAGAGUGCCAUCGAUACAACACCAUUGUGAUCAAAGGGGUGCGUAUAUUUGACCUGAAUGUUUUGGCCCCUUUAAUUAAAGACCCCUCCAUUGGCCUUAAGGUGAUUCACUUGGUCAGGGACCCCAGGGCAGUGGCCAAUUCCAGGAUAAAAUCGAGGAAUGGGCUGAUCAGGGAGAGCCUGCAAGUCAUGAGGAGCAAAGACCCCAAAGGGCGGCGUUUGAAGGCGUACGAUGGCUACCAGAGGAGCAGGCGGGACGCAGUAGACUAUCAUGCCCUCAACGCCCUGGAGGUGAUCUGCAGCAGUAUCGUGAGGACUGUGCAGAUGGUCAGAGAACCGCCUGACUGGCUGAAGGACAGCUACAGGGUGGUCCGCUAUGAGGACCUGGUGGAAGACCCCAUCAGGUACCUGAAGGAGAUGUACCAUUUCGUGAACCUGACGGUCAGCGAGGACAUCGAGAGGUUCGUGCUGAACAUGACUAUGGGCUCCACCUAUUCCUCCAAAAAGCCUUUCAGCGUGACAUCCCGCAAUGCCACCCAGGCCGCCAACGCGUGGAGGACCCAGCUCACUUUCCCUCAGAUCAAACAGGUGGAGGAGUACUGCCAGCAAGCCAUGGACUGGCUGGGCUACGAAAAGGUCCAAAACCCGGAAGAAGUCAAGGAUUUCAGCAAGACCUUUGUCACCAAACUGCGGUUUUAGAUUUUUUUUUUAAAAAAACGAAUGAGAAACCCGGUAAUUAAUUCCACCCGCCUCUGAGAUUGGUCGAGUUUAGGACGGACAGCUCAAUCCAUCGGUUUGUGAAUGUAUUUGAUCAGAUCUUUACAACGCGGACCCAAAGUGGGGUCACAUUGCUGGGACUCCUGCAAGUGCAUACACACGUACACACACACACGCCUUUCGUUCUUAACGCCCACUGAGAGCAGAACUGAUUGAUGUGUCUGCUCUUCUGCCAGAGUUGUCCGUGGGAGAUACUUGAGCAUUGGAUUUAAAUUGUUUGUAUAAGGCGCACGUGUGUGUGUGUUGUGUGUGUGUAUAAUAUAUAUAUAUAUCGUUCUGGUUUUGUUGUCUAAGUAAGUUCAUAAUUUAUUAUCAAUUUCGAGACAAAGUAUGAUGUUAAUGGCAUGCAGGUGUGGAAUUGUGCUUACUUGCCAAAGUACAUCAAUCACGUCAGGAUAAAAAUAUUCUUCCUUUUCCUCUAAUACCUCUAUCCUCCACCGACCAGUUUCUUUCUCUCUUAACUCCGUUUUCCCAAGCCAAGUCUGUUGCAAAAGUAAUUUUUUUUUGACCGCUUACUGUGUUUUUUUAAACAGUUGUGUCUGGCAGCACAAAUCCCCAGGGGCAUUACAGCACAUGUCCAAUAAAACGUAACGUCUCAACCAAAGCACAAAGUAUUUGUGCUCUCAGGUGCUCAAUGAUCCCCAUCGACCACCAGAACUAAUUGACGUGACUGCUCUUUUGGCUGAGUUGUCGUAGGAGAUACUUGAAUACUGGUUUUAAAUGGCACACAGCUGUGGAAUUCUGCUUUUGGACCUGGGUUCAAUUCCCUGGCAGGACGGAGCCUUAGGCAAGUUUCU